GGCCUAGUCACAGUUUUGAAGCUGAGUCAAUGCAAGAUGCUGUGGAUAUGGAAGACAGGUCAGGCUUCUGUCCUUCAGAACCAAUGCUCUGCAGUGAAGCGGUGGAAGGACAAGUGCCACAUUCAUUAGAGACCUUGUAUCAGUCAGCAGACUGUUGCAGUGCCAGUGAUGCCUUGAUUGUGUUGGUACACCUCCUCAUGUUGGAGUCGGGUUACAUACCACAGGGGACUGAAGCCAAAGCAGUGUCCAUGCCAGAGAAAUGGAGGUCGAGUGGUGUGUACAGGCUGCAGUACAUACAUCCUCUCUGUGAUGGGGGCUCUGCUGUGCUCACUUGUGUGCCUUUGGGAAACCUGGUCGUUGUAAAUGAUAUUCUAGGGGAAAAUGCAGCUAAGGUGUACAAAGAUCUUCAGAAGUCUCCCGCUCUUAAAGACCAGCUGGUAAUAUCCUCUUCUGGCUUUACCCGACAAGCACUGAACCUUCCAGACGUAUUUGGGUUGAUUGUCCUCCCACUGGAGCUGAAACUACGGAUCUUCCGACUGUUGGAUGUACGCUCUGUCCUGUCUUUGUCUGCAGUUUGUCGUGACCUCCUUAUUGCUUCCAAUGAUCCACUGCUGUGGAGGUGUUUAUACCUGCGGGAUUUCCGAGAUGGCACUGUCAGAGUUCGUGACACAGAUUGGAAGGAACUGUACAGGAAGAGGCACAAACAGAGAAAAGAAGCUCAGAGAGGGCGGCAUUUGAUGUUCCUGCCGCCACCAUCCCACCCCAUCCCAUUCUAUCCUAACCCCUUGCACCCCAGGCCCUUUCAUCCCAGCUCCAUCCUUCCUCCGGGAAUUAUUGGUGGGGAAUAUGAUGAAAGACCAACACUUCCCUAUGUUGGGGAUCCAAUCAAUUCACUCAUCCCAGGGCCUGGGGAGACACCUAGCCAGUUCCCUCCACUCAGACCACGUUUUGAUCCAAUUGGCCCACUUCCAGGACCUAACCCCAUAUUGCCAGGGAGAGGUGGUCCCAAUGACAGAUUUCCCUUCAGGCCCGGCAGGGGUCGGUCCACUGACAGCCGGCUAUCAUUCAUGUGAUUGAUGUGUAAUUCUACUCUAGAGCUUAAUUUUGUUUAAAACUACAGAUGCCAUCUCCUUGGGGUGCUGGUUGGGCUAGUUUUAUUUUCUGGUGAUAGUGAUGAGAAUUGCACUUGCAGGGCCUUUCAGUAGAUGUAUUUACAGCUGUAGGGGUGGUAUGGCCAAAGGUUACUCAACAGGAUUGGCCUUGGGAAUGGUUGGCUACUGAUUUCCCUCUACAAUAGAGCUUGUUAUAAUGUUCUAUACCAGAUUAAAAAGUGUAAAUUACAUGGCAAAUUUGACUUUUAUCACAGAAAGAUAAUGUAAUAAAUAUUUAAAACAAUUCAGUGUUGUCAGAGAACCUAUUACUAGGCAGAUUAUUGAUUAUUGCAAGAAGUUUCUGUGGUCUUUUGUUUGCUUUUUAUUUUAGUGGUACUCUAAAAGCUCAAUUUAUAAAAUCAAUAAAGGCAGAGCUAGUUUGGUUGAAAUUGGGUUGGAGCCACCUUCUCUCUUCUGUGACAGCUCUUUUGGGUUCCAGGGUGGAACUUGCUGGGCUCUGAAGCAGUAGUGUUUGAAGACAUUAGGUUAUUGAUCCCAGCUCCUUCUGGAGGAGAUUGCUAUGGUUUUCCCCCUGGUGUUUUGAAUACUUACUUGUAAUCUAAGUAGAUAACAUGUUUUAACAAUAAAGUUCUGCUUUGAAUGCUGGUCAGGUACUUGUUCUUCAAAGAGCCUCUUACUGGAAGAACAUUUUACCAAGAUUUAAAAUACUCAAAACUCAAGAUUUAUUCUUUUUUCUACAACAAGAAAAAGGCCAAAUACAAAUGACUUACCAUACGAACAUCUAUAGAAACAUGCUACAGUGACAGAAAUUAAAAUCCAAAUCACAACACAGGAAUAAAAUAGUAUUAGCAUCUGCAGAAAAUAUUUAGGAAUAUUGCCAAUGUCUUCUUGCUUUUUUAAAAAAUGUUUUGCAUAUAAGGAAAUGGCUUGGAAUGUUAUGUGCUGCAAGAAUAUUUUGAGUCCUAUAUACAAGUAAAUUUUUUUUGCUACACACAUGUAUUGAGUCUGUUUUUCCAUCACAGUGAAGAAAAUUCAGUUGGUUUUUCUAGAAGCCAUGCCACUGUUAGUGUAGGUACAGGAUUGGGCUGUUGACGCUUUCUGUGGUGGUUUGUAGUACAUGAGCUACAGGAUAGAUAGCCUUGUAAAAGUAUCCACUAGAUGCUGUAUGGGUUUGGCGAAAAGGGUUAUCCUGAAGCUUUGAUGGGUACAUGAUAACAUGUCUUUGUGGCCUUGUAGAAUUGCACUGUGUAGGUAUGUGUGUGUGUGGGCAUGGGAGACAGUGAUGACCAGAAGCACCAUCUACUACUAAACAACAUGUUUUUGGAACAUGGUUGAUUUUAAAUGGUCUUUGAGAUACUGUAUCCAUGGAUACAGUGCUACUUUCCAACCUCACCCUGGACUUCCUGACAGGUGUUACAAAUCUUUCUUAGUUUAGGAUGUUGGCAGUGUGUCCUAAAACCAAAUUUGGGCAACUCUCAAAAUAGUUUUAUCACAAAUUCUUAAAACAGGGCUCAAAGCCAUUUCCUCUUGACUAGUAGCUAGAUUUAUAGCUAGAAGCUUGUCAGAUCCUGCAUUCAUGUCAGUAGACAACUGAGCUUUAUAUAUUGCUGAUGCACAAUGAAUGGAAGUCAUGAUUUGGCAGUGGCCUGUUCACUGCAUGAUUUUCUGAUGUCACCUCCAGGUACUGUAAUGGCAGGGGAGGUAGUCUGGGGUGUCAGGGGCAAGCGUUUCAGGCUUUCUGACUUUGAGCCUUAACAUCCUUUUGUAGCCCCUUUCUGUCCUCUUUAGUUAUUUUUCUUAACAGGUGCUUGUUCUCCUCCCUCAUCCCAUUUAUAAAUGAAAAGUAUUGGUUUGGCAUGAUUGGUAAUACCGCCAUAGCAGGUUUCUUUUCAGCUCAAGUUACUGUGAUUCCCUAUGUAAACACUUGAAUUCUGAUCUCUGACUCUUGCUGGGUUUUCCAAUUUCUGAGACUUCUACUUAGCUUAAUAUUGCUGUAAUUCUUACUCUGUGGAGGUGGACAUUCCUGCCCUUACUCUCUGUACUUAGGCCUGCUCCAGGACAGUAGCUGCCUAAUGACAGAGCACCGGCCUGGGCUCACUGCUGUGCUGAGGCAUGGGCAGUGCUCCUUUGGGUAGACUGCACUUGACUGCAGAAGAUGCAGAGUGGAGAAGGUUCCUGCAAUGUACUAGGUGAGUCACAUCAAGAUUAAUUUUAACUGACUUCAUUGUCUGUCCUGGGAUUCCCCAAUAGGUUGCAGCACUUGUUUCCUGUAUUCCAUGGCAAAACAGGCAAAAUUAAUUGAGUGGCAAGGAAGGAACUUCUGCUCUACACACAAAGUAAUACUACGUAGGGCAGACUUGCUAUAGGAGUGCUUGGAAAGUGAAAAUUAGGACCAACCAGUUUAAAAAUAAUGAAAGGUUUUAGGAUUUUAAAGGACUAAAACAUGUAUGUAUUGUAGAAGGAAUGCUUAAUUUUAGGUUGGUUUUCCUUAAAGGAAUAGCUCACUAAUUGUUAAAGAGAAAAAAAAAAAAGCCCAGCCAUUUUUGAUUUUCCUCCUGGUUGUCUACCCAUUGAGAUCAGAAUAAAAGAGCCAAGUGUGCACGUUUCAUCUUGUUGGACUGUGUGUUUUGUGUGUGGAAACAAGGGAGCUUCUGUGUUCUUCAUGCCCCGUGCUUGAUAAAUGGACUGAUUUGUCUUGCUAUUCACCUAAACUUCCAAUUUGUCUCCAAU